AUGUCAACUGCGAUAGCGUCUAAGGCUACUGGAACCGUUCUUAAAAAGAGCCUAAAUUCAUUGAAGGUUCCUAAGAGAGCAAUUAAUGAAUCCGCUUUGGAAUUGAUAAAUGUCAACUCCGAUGAUUUCAUAGAAGAAAUUGACGCGCAUUUGCAAAACAAUUACCGGUUUCGUAAAUUUGCGAAUGAAGCUGUCAAAACUGACGGCGCGUGGCUUAUACACAACCGUAGUCUUGAAGAGGCGUUCGGAAAAGCGAGAAAACGGCUUCAGCAUGGUGAAGGUCUUGGUCAGAGCAAGAUUAUUAGUGUUACUACACAGUGCGGUUUUCUGUUCACCAAAAAUUGGAGCGUCGUCGAAUCUAUUGCGUGUAAUGGACUGAGAACCGGAAAUCUUCAAGACACAUGGCUAGGAAAGCCAAAUCACGGGGUCGUGAUCAGCCAAUGCGCUGAUAUUGGCCUUGCUUACCUGGCAGACAUUGGUUCUAAGGAAGCUGAAUCCUAUCAUGCGGAUUUGACAAGUGGAACCGAUUUGAAGAUUGAUUCUGUAACAGGUUGCUCGUACUUUGUUGUCCUUGUACGCUGGUUGAAAAGCAAAGUGUAUGUGACUCAAGUUACACCUCCAGGAUCGUGUUCGACCGCUGCCUUAGAUUUUAGGUUGGAUCCCCAACCUGGCUACACAUGCCACAUGACAAAAUGGAGCCGGAUGGAUCCUCUCGAUCCCUCGAAGGUCACACUUACCGAAGUCUUUCACAACAGUCAAGUCUAUCUUUAUGAAUACGACGAGGAAAUGGAUCUAAAAACUACCCUCGAGCAUAUUCUUCCUUUCGCGGUGGUCAAAUGUCAGUGGAAUUUGUUGCCAGAAAAGUUUCUCCUGUUUCGCUCCGUCAACGACGGAGCUAUUCUUUUGCCACGAAAGCAAAAGGAAAGCGUAGCCCCUCGGAAGGCUCUUCUGAGCACACCACCAUCUGCCAUGAAAAUCCUUGUCGAGAAAAGAGUUCCGAAAUCGGAUCCAAAGACGUGGACAAAGGGGAAACACAUAGCUGCUUUAUUCACCUCGCCGAUUCCUCCAAUUACAACAGAGAAGAAAAACGAUGUACCUUCGGCUAAGUUAGCUGUCUCCGUUGCGAAUGCCAAUACGUCCGAUCGACUGCAAUUGAUGUCGAACGCCCCAAAUCCGUCUUCUGUUGUCCCUUCCCCCUCUUCCACCCUCUCAAGCACUCCCCUCCGGGAUGCAAAGGCUAUGCAUCACCAUUUUGAUUCAGUAGCUGCUUCCGGCCGCACACUGCAAGCAGCUCUGGAUCAGACGUAUAUGCAGUCCGGCGCAGCCAGUGACGAUGGCUUGCCACGUUAUGUUGUCAAUACCUGCUAUCUAGUCUGGCCAGUAUCUGAGCGUCCGGAAAGUGUGAAUGAGGAAUGUGUAAAAGUUGAGAGCUGGCAGUUUCCUGUGAAAAUUAUAUCCUAUCGCAAUCCCAUUUCACAAAUCUACGAGGGUCUGUUGCAACCUCGACUCAUUAUUUCGGAUCUGGUCUCCUUUUCCCGACUUCAUCAUGAAUUAGCAGGUGUUCAAGAGCCGUCUGGACCCUCACCUGAGCCCUCGUUAUCGGACAUCCCUGAACAAGGCUCAACCUCCGAGACCAAUGUUCUCGAUCCACGACGCUUGAGAGGUCGGUCAAGCCUCUCCCCGUGCCUUCCUUUUGUCUCUAUUGAUCGACUUCGCGAGUGGAUCGUUCCCAGCAAAGAAAACGUCGAAAACGAUGCUUUAGCUAAACUGAGUCGAUUUGCAGGUUACAGGGGCAACUACUUCCUUCUCAGUCUCCUGGAGUCCUCCACACAGCAGGCCGAUGUGGCCAAACUCUAUGAGACACUGAAAAGCAGACAAGCCUGCUUCAUCAAAAUGCCUUGUAGUGAGAACGCAGCCUUCUGUAUAUUUCCCGACUCGGAUUUUUCUAGAUCCCUCAGCAUUCCCCCACUGGACAGUUCAGACUCGACUUCAUUUCACGGAAUCCUGCUCCUCCCCCAUUCAAUUCAUUCAAGCCUGCUGGAAAGGUGCCUUUGCCAACUCAGUUCCCACCCAAGAACCGGCGUCCCCUAUCGGCAGUCUCCCGCUUCUGCAGAAAACAGGUGGAGUUUUAGCCUUUCCUCAUUUGUGGAUGCACUACCAGACGGCGGCAAACUUCUCCUUCAAGCUGCCUCGGACCUUGCCUCAAGUCCAAAAGAGGACUCGCAAACCUCUCCUUUGUUGGCACCGGACAACGUACACAUCUUUUCCCAUACAUUCACACCCAUGAGUCCCCAAGAGCCCACUUCGUAUGAAGAUCCGCCUUUGGUAAUCCCAACUCCAGAUGUACAAAUACCCGAGAGUCCGAUCAAAGUGAUAAAUUCACCAGUACCCUCCUGUGAUAUGGAAUUAGAGACUUCCUUUGAGUCUAUUAUUGCCUCGUCUCCGGAAGAAGGAAGAAAUGAGCCUUCGAAAAGAAUCGAUGGGCACAGUUCUCACAGUUGUGACAUAAUUACUCCUAAGGUUCCACCCGUACCUGACAAAUAUUCGCCCCACUCCCUCUCAUUUGACUUUCCUGUUACAUCUUCACAAGUGUCUGAAAGGGUGAGUAAAACCCUGACUCUGGCGCACAGCGUACGAACCUCCACGAGUUUGCUAACAAUCAAGGAGGAAGUGUGUGAGUCCCAAGCGACUUUUUCCGACUAUAACGAGUGGAGAAGAAAAAGGGAUCAGGAACGUAGAGCACAACAAAAUCAAUCUAUCUCUCAUUCUAAAACAACUUUUUGCACGGAAAUCCUACGAGACUCUCACUGUGGCUCACUUGACAUGGAUGAUGGUUCUUCUGCCGACGCUGCAGAUCUACACCAGACUCUUUUGCCCAAUUCCAUUGCUGAAGAGGAAGAAGUUGACCACGUGAGACUCUUCAGUCCUGCUAGUCCAGAUGAAAAUCAAAUAGCUCCUCUACGCUCUUCGUCUCAGGAUCCUUCUCACGAAGAAGAGGAGGGUGAGAUUGUGGACGACGAGGAUGAAGAAAUCGUAGGUGAAACGGAUGCGUCGAGUGACUGUAGCCGCUCCUCGGACCAAUCACCAAGGUGCAAAAAACCACGAGGGAGUGGUCACAAACCCAUUCGUAUUCCCUGCUCACCACGCAGAAGGCGAUCGAAGCAUGACUCCUCUCAUCGUCAGACGCCGAAGAAGUCGAAAAAAAGAAGGAAGUGCAUAGAGGAUGUGGACUAUCGUGUAACAAGACCAGAAGGUUCGCAUUUUGUAAACGCUCGAAAAGAUCCAGUGUGCUCAGUUAAUUUUUCAACUGCAAUACCGCACACGAACCGAUUCAAAGACACCGACUACCGCUACCAAGUGUACAUACCCAAGUCGGCGGAGACGGUGUCAGUUCCCGUGAAGGUGAUUAAUCAUGCCUACGUUGUGGAGAAUGUGGCGUUACACACUUACAACAGAUUUCCCCCUCGUCGUGAUGUGAGUGUGCGGUUCACUCAACCCUCCGCAUCCUCCAUCCCUCGAAGUCGUAGUAAGAGUCGUACAAGGUUCGUUAGUGAAAAAUCGCAGACAACGUCUCAGAGGUCAAGCACAGCGACUCACCUGCCACCAGCUCACACUCAACUCUCUAUGUCACCGGGUGUCUAUCAUCCCACAGCGAAUGGAAGUGCCCUUUUAGCGAAACCAAAUAGCCUGAUUGCCAAUGCACCGGCAAGCACAGCUUACAAGGCUACUUCCCUGUUAGGGGCUGGAGUCCCCGCUCCUUGCACUCCACCGGGAUUUCGUCUCCAGACGACUCGACCUCGACUGCCUCCGGCGUCCAGUAGGAGCGGCUCGGUGGUGGCAGCUCUCGUUGACUCAAAUAGUGGGAGCAGCAGCGGUGUGCCUGCGGGAAAUGAUGACCUUGAAAAUUUAGGCCGCCGAUUGGCUGAAGGCGAGUCAAAUGAUUGGAAGAGUUUAGCCUAG